AUGUCGUCCAAAGCCCAGCCACAACCACGUCCCACCACGCUCAACUUCAUCACCGGCAACGCCAACAAACUCGCCGAAGUGCAGGCGAUCCUGGCCGACGUCGAGGUCAGCGUCGACAUCGACAGUGACAGUGGUGCUGAUGGCGAUGGCAAGAAAGGUCAAGGUCAAGGUCAAGGCCAACGACAACGACGCCUCGUCCUGACCAGUCGCGACGUGCCGGCCCACGAGAUCCAAGGCACCAUUGAAGAAGUGGCGCGCGACAAAUGUGCCAGGGCCGCGGCCGUCGUGGGCGGGCCGGUCUUGACGGAGGACACGGCACUCGAGUUUCGUGCGUAUGGGGGGUUGCCGGGGCCAUAUAUCAAAUACUUCCUCCAAGCGCUCGGCCACGAGGGUCUCAACAACAUGCUCGCCGCCUAUGAGGACAAGACUGCCUUCGCCGUCUGCACCUUCGCCUACUCGGCCGGACCAGGCCACGAACCCAUCUUGUUCCAGGGCCGGACCCAAGGCCGAAUUGUGCCGGCUAGGGGGCCGGGUGUGUUUGGCUGGGACGCCGUAUUCGAGUACGAGGGUAAGACGUAUGCCGAGAUGGACAAGACUGAAAAGGUCGGUGAUACCACACCCCCUCCCCCCAAUGUUGCCCAAUGGCGGGCCUGCAGCUCCCCCAAGGUUGCAAUCCACGCUCUCGUGGGAUGUUUGCUGACUAUCGUAGAACCUGAUCUCACAUCGCGGCAAGGCGCUGGCUAA